CGUCAGCCCGGGCAGUCGCGAGCUCUCUCACUAAGCGCUGGCCCUCCGAGGGGAAGUAUGGGGCUGUCCAGGCUCCUCUGCGCUUUCCUGAUGGCCGCUUGCUGCUGCUGUGGCCGCGCCGCGGGUGUGCCUGGAGUGGCAGAGCAGCCAGAGCCUGAGCUGCUGGAAGUGGAAGUGGGCAGCACAGCCCUACUCAAGUGUGGUCCCUCCCAUUCCCAGGGCAACUUCAGCCAUGUCGUCGACUGGUUUUCUGUCCACAAGGAGAAGCCAAUACUCAUCUUCCGUGUGUACCAGGGCCAUGGUCAGAGUGAACCUGGGGAGUACCAGCACCGGCUCAGCCUCCAGGACAAAGGGACUACUCUGGCUCUGACACAUGUCACCCCCCAUGAUGAGCACAUCUUUCUGUGUCAGGGCAAGCGCCCUCAGUCCCAGGAGCACCGCUUCCAGCUCCGUGUAUACAAAGCUCCAGAGGAGCCAAGCAUCCAGGCCAAUGCCUUGGGCAUUUCUGUGAGCAGUAGGGUGCCAGAGGAGGUUGCUACCUGUGUGGCAAGAAAUGGCUACCCCAUUCCUCAAGUCAUCUGGUACAAGAAUGGCAGGCCUCUGAAGGAAGAGAAGAACCGGGUCCACAUUCAGUCAUCGCAGAUUGUGGAGUCAAGUGGUCUGUAUACUGUGCACAGUAUUCUGAAGGCACAGCUGCUUAAGGAGGACAAAGAUGCCCAGUUUUACUGUGAGCUUAACUACCGGCUGCCCAGUGGGAAUCACAUGAAGGAAUCUGGGGAAGUCUCUGUCCCUGUUUUCUACCCAGCAGAGAAAGUGUGGUUGGAAGUGGAGCCUAUGGGAGUGCUGAAGGAAGGGGACCGUGUGGAAAUCAGGUGUUUGGCUGAUGGCAAUCCCCCACCCCACUUCAGCAUCAGCAAGCAGAACCUCAGCACCAGGGAGGUGGUGGAGGAGGCAGUCGAUGACAAUGGAGUCCUGGUCUUGAAGUCUGUCCACAAGGAGCACAGCGGGCUCUACGAAUGUCAGGGCCUGGAUUUGGAAACCAUGGCAUUACUGUCAAGUGACCAACAGGAGCUCCUGGUGAACUAUGUGUCUGAUGUCUGGGUGAGUCCUGCAGCCCCUGAAAAGCAAGAGGGCAGCAACCUCACCCUGACUUGUGGGGCAGAGAGUAACCAGGCCCUUGAAUUCCAGUGGCUGAGAGAAAAGACAGGCAAGGUGCUGGGAAAGGGGCCUGUGCUUCAAUUACACAACCUGAACCGGAAGGCAGGGGGAGGCUACCGCUGCAUGGCGUCUGUGCCCAGCGUGCCCGGCCUGAACUCUACACAGCUGGUGAAUGUGGCUAUCUUGGGGCCCCCAUGGGUGGCAUUAAAGGAGAGGAAGAUGCAGGUGCAGGAGAACACAAUGUUGAAUCUGUCUUGUGAAGCCUCAGGACAUCCUCGGCCUAGCAUCUCCUGGAAUGUUGGCGGCAUGGCAAAUGAACAAGACCAAGAUUCACAGAGUGUCCUGAGCAUCUUGAGUGUCCUUGUGACUCCAGAGCUGUUGGAGACGGGUGUUGAAUGCGUGGCUUCCAACUCCCUGGGCAAAAACAGCACCAUCAUUUUCCUGGAGCUGGAUUCCAACAGAACCACUGAUCUCAUCACCUCCACUGUCAGUCCUUAUGCCAAAGCCAACAGCACCUCCACAGAGAAAAAGCUGCCAGAGCCCAAAAGCAAGGGUGUGGUCAUCGUGGCUGUGACCGUGUGCCUCCUGGUCCUGGCCGUGCUGGGUGCUGUCCUCUAUUUCUUCUACAAGAAGGGCAAGCUGCCUUGUGGGAGGUCAGGCAAACAAGAGAUAACGCUGCCCCCAUCUCGUAAGAGCGAAUUUGUAGUUGAAGUUAAGUCAGAUAAGCGCCCAGAAGACAUGGGCCUCCUUCAGGGCAGCAACGGUGACAAGAGAGCUCCAGGAGACCAGGGAGAGAAAUACAUCGAUCUGAGGCACUAGUCACUGAAUCAUACUGAACUCUUCCUCUUUUUGCCUGGACAUGUCCUGUUCCCUACUCACUCUCAUCCCCAGCACUCGGGAUGGUCACCAAUGCCUCUAAAGUGGACGGCAGAGAAGACUCCUACUCCAGCUUACCCACAGACCACAUUUCAUAAGGCCAAAGGGCUAGGACCAGAGCCAUACUGAGAAGGACCUCAGAUGGCUCAGGGGCCACACUGCCACAGUCUCAAUUUGUUGAGUGAUGCUUAUCGCAAGGAGGGGCCUCAAUAUUCCAGGAGUGGGUAGGAGAGUUUCUUGCAGAACAUGUUUUCUCUUUACACAUACUAUGGAAGUAAAUACCCUUCUUCUAUCAACAGCUAUCGAAGUAGGUAGCCUGUUUAUCUUGAAGUGAUUUACUGCCCCAAUGUUGGCUUCAUAAUGCAGUUGUAUCAAUGAUAUGAGGAUGCACUGAGAGCCCAAGCCCCCUCACCACUGGUGAAGUGUGUUGUGCACACCAGUUCUAGACAGUACCCCAGCAGGAUCUAGAAGCAGUUGCCUGCCUGCCUGUCUCUGGAGUCCCUUUUAUGACACUCCUUUCUUUGGGCAGAAGCCAGGAACUAGUAUCAUUCCUUAAAAGACUUGCUGGUUAUAUCUCAUUGUCCCUGCAGUAAGGAAACUGUGCACUGUUUUCCAGAGUUAAGCCCAUUGAGUGCAAGCCUCUAUAUUCAUUUGGCUCUCAUAAUCAUGAUUGAAAAUGAGAGUAAGGCACAGAGAUGAGAUAAGGUCCACAUGGUUCUUUAAGGGGAUUAAUAAGGUUAUAGUUAUACUAGCAUCAAACUUCUACAAACUGAGCUAAUGGGCAUAGACCACAAAAGAAGGGGCUUAAUGGGAAGAUGAUACUUUAAGGAUAAGAACCAGGGGCUUGGCCAGAGCUUGGGGUAUGUAUGUGUAUCUGUGUGUGUUUGUGUGGUUUUGUUGUGUGUAAAUUUGCAAAUGGUUUCCUUUACACACACACACACACACACACACACACACAAUAAAGCCUAAUUGUCCCAGAAAUCUUACGCUGUUUUUUAUUCAUUAUGGGGACCACAGCAGACUGGGGCCUCUGGAAUUGGAAUGGUACUAAAAGGAACACACACUUUUUGCAGUUGGCAGCAGAGCAAAUGGCUUAAACCCUAGCAUAGAGGACAACCUCGCCACUCAGCAGCAGAGCUGCCCUGGUCCAGGCAGCCCACAGGACCUGGCAGGCUGUUGACAAGGAGCUGUUGCCCUUUUUCUACAGGUUGCUGUCACUGAGACUUGUCCUUGAGGUAGUAGUACAGACUUGCUAAGUAGAUCCAUAUCUGCCUGAUGUAUCACUCCUCCACCCCAACAAAAGAGCAAGAACUCAAGUCAGCUACAGCAAAAGAAAUUUUAUUUAAAAAUACUUUUACAGACAUGGGUGCUUGAAAAAGCUCUUUAGUUAACUGUAUAUAAGUGAAUUAAUAAAUAACAUUAGUAUAACAAACCUCUAAACAAUACAUUGGCAAAACAAAGACUUAAAAUGAAAAUGAAUCUUAAAGCUCUGCUAUUCUCUGUAAGAAUAUUUACCUUGUUUUUCUUAUUCUUUACAUGUGAGAAUGAUUAAAUACUACUAACAUUAAGAAUUUUAUAUUAAUGACACAUUUUUAAAACAGCCAACAAAAAUCUCACCUAAGUUUUCACGUUGUUUAACAUUGAUAUACAAAUUGAGACUCUUUUAUUCUGGAGAAAGCAGCAAGCUCCCUCCAGCCCCAAUAUGUUAAAUCCCCAAAAAAGGACUUUAAAAAGAAUUGUUUCUGUCCCCAAAAUUUUCAUUAGUUAUAGGCAAGGAAGAACUGAGAAAAGGGAAAGAAUUAAGUAAAAUGCUAUUAUACAGAAAACAUUUUUCCUCCUCCCCCGUCUCCUGAGACCUAGUGGCCAUAAUAAUGGUGACAGGCUUCUGGUAUUUGGUUCUCUCUGCCUUUCCCAGGGGAAACUAGACCCCACAGAGGGCACUAGCUGCUUAAUGCUUUCAGUUUGAAAGUCUUCAAACAAAAGGGAGAGGCAGGAGGUCUAGGCCAGUUCAGGAUCCACCAUAAAGAAAAGACAGAAACAGAAAAAUCUCCCCUUUUAAAGUAUAUCUGACAUGCAGCUGGGUCAUUAAUAAGAUCAGGAGGCCAGGACACUUGAAAUGCUCCAGAGUAAACCUGGAAAUCGUGGAAUAUUGUGUCUUUUCUUGCUGGAGACAGCAUAAUAACAUAUUGACCUAAUAACUAAGACUCUAAUGGGAAGCAACCAAAUGAUCCAGAAUACAAUGCUUGUUUAUUCCAACUAAGCAUCAUGGCAAGGGAAAGGGACCACUGACACUGUGCCCCUGUGUGUCAUAUCCAGCCACACAGAGUACUUUUUCCUUUUCCCUAGACUGUAGGGAUCAGUGACACUCAACAUAAAAGAGAGCUAAGACUGCUAUUUCCAUAUUAAGGUCUAAAAUGCAGCCUUUCCUUACAAAGGCACAAUAUGUUUGGCUUUUUUUUUUCCAGUGUGCUAAAAAUUGUUUUUGUUUUGAAUAAAAGAAAAAGAUAUAUAAGGUUAAAAAUCCCAAGUCGCCACAGAAAGCAGAUGUAAGAGGUACUUGAUAGCUGCCAUGGCCCAACCACAUGUUUCAGCAGGUCAAGGCCAACACACUACAACAAUGCUGACAAGGGUAGAUCAGGAGGCAUCUACUUCAUGGACACUGCUCCUGCAAGCUUACUCACCGAGACAGCAAAAGAGGCCAAGAAGAGAAAACACAUGGUCUAUAGACUCAUAAGUAGCUCUCUGCUUCUUCAGUUUCCAGAUAGCCACAAGGAUGGCAACCCACACCCAUCAUAACAGGGUCAGAGGUAAGGAGGAAGGACAGAACUGACCACAGUACAGCCCACUGUGGGCCUGGGCAGUUGCACAGAGCAUGUGUUGAGCAAGCCUUGUCUGGUCUCCAAGUCUAGUUCAUGGGUAGAAUUUGUGAGAGGUGAUGUGGAGGGUGCCGCCCACAUUAAUUUGGGGGAUUGAGUUAAGAAUAUGGGGCCAGGCAAUUAGAACUCUGACUUAUUGAGAUGCCAAAUCAGCAGAUUUGAGUUUGGUCUUCGGCCUUUGCUCUGCACAAACAGGAGUGGUAAGCCACCAUUUUCUCAGGCACUAUGUAAGAAGAGGGGCAGCACCUGCCAUCUGACUAUGAAUGAGCCUCCAUGCAGCACCUGUGUACCCCUACUUUCCCACCUCUUACUCUUUAUGUUUUCCAGAACCAAGAAAUAUGGUACUCCUCUCUGAAAUCAACCCAGGUUUCCUAGAACACUGAAGGUAGACCCUACACUAGAAUAUCAAAGGCAAAGUCUGAUAACCCACCCUAUGCCAUGUGCCUCAAUAUACAUCUUUGGAUUAUUAGGUUGUUUCUAUGUAUAUAUAACAAUCCAAUAGUUUUUAAAAGUUCUCAUUAUGAAAUGCCUUAAUAACACAGGACAGACUACAGGAUGACAUAAAGAUCAAAAGAUUCAGGCAAGCAGAAGCACAGUUUCAAAAAUAAAAAUAAAGGUUUUAAUACAGGACUACAAAGAAAGCAAUUGGACAGGGAAGGUGAAGAUAUCCUGUCUAAAGAGCUCAGUAAAACAAGAAAACUCCAUUCUAAACGAAUCUAUAUGUAAUUUAUAUCCUGACAACUCUCCCAACUAUUACAUAUUCUUAUUGGCUACAACAAAGCAGUUUCUGAGGUACCUAGGGGGGCUGCCUAAGAACAUUACUGAGGAGCUCUCCUCAUAUAGUAAAUGGAAGGGUGAGGAGAAGGGUAUAGAGGGACACAGGUCAUAGAAUGAAUCCCUUUUCAGUGCUGAAACCUUAAGACAGCCCAGAAGUCCAUGGGUGACUACAGUGGGAUUUGGGAUGAUCUCUCUAAAUGAUACAAAAGAAGGCUAAAAAACCUGAGAUAGAAGGGGGCUAAGAAAUAUCACCCUAAGAACAGACUAGCUCCAAAACAGGAGAAACUGGUCUUUAAGAGAGAAGAAAUCUUGGACACAAAGACUCAUAAAAAGAAGAAAAAUAGGAAAUGAAGCAAAACAACCUGAAUUAAAUGUAAGAAUGUCCUUGAUGUUCCAGACACAGUGCCACAGUUGUCUUCUUGCUCUCAAAAAAGUAGUAUGAUAGCAGUUUACUGCUAAAGUAUUUUUAGGGUAUCUCUCCCAUCUACAUAUGUCCCCUUCUCUGAGAACGCUCACCUGCCCCCUGAAGGAACAUGCUGCUGUUGCCCCGUGUGGGAAGGCUGACGGGUUGGGGGUAGAUACCCAAUCAAUGUGCUAGGGUGGUCACAUUCUUUCUUGAGAAUAUAAACCAAGAGGUACUGGAAUCUGGUUCAUGGUGAUCUCUCAAGUUGUGGACUUAAGAAUCAGGGUGUCUAUUUUGGGCCUAUGCAUGCCAGUAAACACAAUGACAAGCAAAAGGACUAGGUGCAAAGUGGUCCAGUUCCAUGUAAGAGUCAAGUGUAUUUCUUGUCCUGGGUUCUGUGAAAUACCCUGCAUCCUUAUGACUCUCUCCUUUCUUUAGUUUCAGUACUUGCUUCUUGCAUCCAAAGGAUUCCCAAAAGGAUAGUCAAAGAUACAACCUUGACCUUCCACUAUGCACCGUCCUCCAUGUAUUAAAUGGUUAGAUGCAGUUCUAAAGAAAGACUACUAAUGUAGACUGAGAUCAAAGUAGUGAGAGUAAUGCUUUUUAUGUUGAAUUAAAAUGCUAUAGACUGAAUUUCUAAAGACUGAAAGUCUAGGAGAAAAUGAUGAUGUAUGGAUUUUAAUACUAAGUUCUAGGAUGUCUGAGGUCUCUAAGCUCCCGACAUUUAAAAAAAAAUCCUUACUCAAGGAUAUGUUUGAUUUUAGAGCGAGAAGAAGGGAGAGAGGAGAGAGAGAAAGGGAGAGAGAUAGAGAGAGAGAUGUAAAUAACAUUGACUGGUUGUAUCCCAAAGGUGCCCUGAGAGGGGAAUCAAAUCCGCAACCUGUGCGCCCUGACUGGGAGUUGAACCUGCAACCUUUAGGUGUAUAGGAUAACACUCCAACUAAGCCACCCAGCCAAGGCAAGGCUGACAUUUUUGAGAACUGAUUGAGUUCAGUGUAUUUUACUGCCUGACUCUAGGGAGACCAAACAAUGGUUGAAGAUCAGGACCAAUGACAAGUGCCCAUCCAUUUUCCACACCUUCAUCCACUCUUAAAACAUAGGAUUAGGCUGCAAAACUUGGUGAAGGACUGGAAAACAAGUUCCAAAUAAAAUGGGAGAUGGUGACAGGUCACAGAAGGCUGAUAAGGAAACUUCCCAACAAGGGAGAUCAGGGACACAAGCAGCCCAAGUGAAAAAGAUGAAGGGAGGCAUUAGAUUAGAAAGGGAACCGUGGGUAGAUGCUUUCCUUAAACACUUAAUUGCUUUAUUGUGCAACUCUCAGUCAACAUACCCCUCAAACCACCACACAGAUUCAUUAACCAGGACAGCUCUGAAAGGAAAUAUAAGAGCCAUGAAUGAAAACUAUACAAUCUUACUGGGAAGGGCUACUUUAGGGCCAGAUCCAAGUGCUGGGCAGCCAAGUACAAUCCCCCAACAUCAGUAAAUCACCACAUGGUGGUAGGAGAGAACACAGAGCUGACACUUCUGGCAAAUGGUAAAUCACUCAUAAACUUUUGCUGAAUGAACAAACAAACUGGUAAACAGCCGGGUCAAUGGUCAAAAUGCUGUUACUCCAUGGACAGAGUCAGAAGAACACAGUAAGAAGGGGGACUUCCAAAUAGUUGGGAAGAAGGUCUAUAACCCUCUGACUUUCAUGAUGUGAGGUAGGAGAAGAUUCUGAAUUAACACCAUUGCUAUCACCCACAGAAAGGUGCAGAUCCUUAGUGCAUAUGUGAAUGUUGCCAAGAAAAUAAAUCUUAAAACUUCUCAUCACAAAGAAAAAAAGAUUUUUUUAGCUUUGUAUGGUGAUGGAUGCUUACUAAAUUUAGAAACUUACUGUGGUGAUCAUUUUGCAGUGUAUAUAAAUAUUGAAUCAUUAUAUUGUAUACCUGAAACUAAUAUAUCAAUUAUACUUGAAUAAAAAAGAAAAAAGGGUCUAGAUCUUGUUAAUAGUGCCUUAAAGGGAACUUACAGCUGGGUUCCUACUUUGCAAGCCAUUUACAAAAAUUCAUUUGUAUGUUCACUUGUUGGACCAUAAAACAUAGUUUACUUUUCUAUGUAAGAAAUAAAUACUUCAAGUAUGAAGAAGAGCAAUAGCCCCCCUGCCCAACAUUUUUUUUUUUAUCCACAAAACAGCAAAAUGAUACAUCCGAGGCCCUGGUGCUGAAAGUCUAUAAAAGAAGAGAGCAAUCAGAAGAAUGGUAGAAUGUUUACAGUGGGGCUGAGGAAAGAGGGCUGUGGGAGAGAAUGACUAUCCACUAUUUACAUAAAGAGUAAUAGAUAAAUUCAAGAUGAUAAGUUGCUCAAUCUAUUAUGUACCUAAAGGGAGGUAUAACAUAGAGCCUACAGACUUUUUCCAUGUUGGGAACCGCCCUGACUGGUAUUAGAAGCUGAGACCCCCGCCUAGGCUAAAGCUAAGGGAACGCCCUUGGAACCGUGAGCCGGCAAGGAGAAAAAAGCUUAUCUCCCUGGCAGUAAU